UCGACCAUACAGCCUCUAAUCGGCGCCUCAAACGCUGUCUGUAAAAGCUCCUUAAAAGAGAUAAAGCUUUUAAUAAACACUCGCUGCUACAGUUUUACUAUAAAAGAGACAUAAAUUCCUUUUAAAAUAUAGCCUCCAGAUUAGGCGUGACUGGUUAUAGCGGCUAUAAUUUUCGAGUUUUAGUAACGAAAUGCUACCUUUUGGGGUGCGUGUUCUUAAGUCCAGAGCGAAGGCGUAAGUUAGUAUUAGAAUCUUAUUCGGAGCCCCCUCAGCACCACCUCCUAUGAGUGAAUUUAUCAUUUAAGUGCUAUCAAGUAAAAAGACAAUGUUUUCUCACUUGGUUUGUUUUAUUUUGUGUGUGUCUAUCAGCGCUGGGGACUCAUUUGGCAAGAGUUUUCUUAGAGUGAGUGAUGAAUAUUACGCGUAUGGUCAAGAAACUGUCAAUCAGCUGCCUCCAUGUCGAGACUGUAGUUGUGGGGAACGCAACGAGGAGGCUCGCGUGGUGGGCGGCUCUACCGCUGACGUGAAUGCCUUCCCAUGGAUCGCUCGCCUCAUCUACGGCAACUCCUUUGGCUGCGGCGCGUCACUCAUCAACGAUAGAUACGUUCUGUCGGCAGCGCAUUGCGUUAAAGGUUUCAUGUGGUUCAUGUUCCGAGUGAAGUUUGGUGAACAUGACCGAUGUGACAAGGCUCACAUACCGGAGAUUCGGUACGUCACGAAGAUGUACAUCCACAAUUUCACACUGACUGAGUUAUCCAACGAUAUAUCACUGCUGCGACUCAAUAAGCCGAUAGAAUAUUCCUAUGCUAUCAGGCCUGUGUGCUUGCCGAAGUCAGAUUACAAUCUCUACGUGGGUACUCUAGCAACAGUGUCGGGUUGGGGCGCAAUGGCUGAGACCGGCAAAUGGUCGUGUACGCUACUGGAGGCGCAACUACCGAUCCUCAGCAAUGAGGAGUGUCAGAAUACUAAGUACAAUAAAUCGAAGAUCAAAGACGUUAUGAUGUGUGCGGGAUACCCUGCCACCGCUCAUAAGGACGCUUGCACUGGCGACAGCGGUGGACCCCUCAUUGCAGAAAAUAACGAACAUGCAUAUGAUUUAAUUGGGAUAGUAUCUUGGGGCUUUGGAUGUGCAAGGAUCGGGUAUCCGGGCGUUUACGUCAGAGUCACUAAAUACUUGGACUGGAUCAUGGACAACACAGCUGACGCCUGCUACUGUGAUUAUUUUAUUUUUAUGUUGGUUUUGUGCUAUCAUUUGUUAUGUUAUUCAGUCAAGGCCGAAGAGAAUGUCACCACCAUGGAAGAUACAGUUAGUGUUAGCGCCGCAGAUAUCGUUUCUGAAGCCAUACCUGAAGAAUUGUUAUCAGAGGAUAUCAAUAAAUGCAGUUGUCGUUGCGGAGAGCGCAACGAAGCCUCCAGGAUAGUGGGAGGUGUGGAGACUGCAGUCAACGAGUUCCCCUGGGUGGCGCGGCUGACAUACUUCAACAAGUUCUACUGUGGAGGAAUGCUCAUUAACGAUAGAUACGUCUUGACUGCAGCGCACUGUGUCAAAGGACUAAUGUGGUUUAUGAUAAAGGUGACAUUAGGUGAACACAACAGAUGCAAUAAGACCCAUAGACCUGAGACCCGCUACGUGGUGAACGCCGUGGCCCAUAAUUUCACGUACCUGACAUUCAGAGACGAUAUAGCAGUGUUGAAACUCAAUGAAAGAGUGCCGAUAUCUGAUACUAUUAAACCGGUGUGCCUGCCUCAUAAUGAUGUCAACCAAUACGCAGGAGUAAGAGCCAUAGCAGUGGGUUGGGGAUCAAUGGGGGAACAGAGGAAUCAUUCCUGUAAUCUACUGGAUGUAGAAUUACCGGUUCUAAGCAACGCCCAAUGUAGGAAGACCAAGUAUGAGCCGACUAUGAUAGUAGAUGACAUGCUCUGUGCUGGCUAUCCUGAAGUGGGGGCUAAGGAUACCUGCCAGGGUGAUAGUGGUGGACCAUUAUCAGCAGAAAGGGGUGACAAGCGCUACGAAUUAUUAGGUGUUGUUUCAUGGGGUAUUGGCUGUGGUAGACGAGGAUAUCCGGGAGUCUACACUAGAGUCACCAAAUACUUGAACUGGAUCAAACAAAAUGCACGCCACGGUUGUUUCUGCACUGACUAAUGUAGAAUUAAUAAUGUAGUUUAUUUAGUUUGAUUCAAAAGGAAUAAAGAAUAAAUAAUAAAAUGCAAGUUAUUAUACAAGUAUUACAAUAUUUUAUUGUUAUUAAAUAGUACAUUAAAGUUUACUUACAUAAAUAGCGCCUUCAUUAUUUAAGUACUUAAUUGUUUAAACGUAAAUAUAACUUAAAUUAUC